AUGGUGGAUUUACAUGACGGUGCAGCUGCAGCAGUGUCCGGUCACAGCAGCAGACACGGCGGACAGCAGGGCUCCGGUUCCUCCGGUAACAACGGGAGGAAAACGGCCAAAAAGUCGAGAACGAGAAGAGGGAAACGAGGCAGGAGGAGAAGAAGUAAAAAGAACAACAGGAACAAUAAAACACCGCCACCGUAUUUACCACCGGAGGCUGAAGAAGGAAACAUCGAAUAUAAGCUCAAGCUGGUCAACCCCACUCAGUAUCGCUUCGAGCAUCUGGCCACGCAGCUGAAGUGGCGUCUGCAGGAGGGCCGCGGCGAGGCCGUCUACCAGAUUGGAGUGGAAGACAACGGCCUGCUGGUGGGGCUGACCGAGGCCGACAUGAAGGCGUCGCUCAAAACCUUAAAGAGGAUGGCAGAGAAGGUCGGUGCCGACAUCACACUCCUCAGAGAGAGGGAGGUGGACUACGACUCGGACAGAAACACCAGAAAAAUCGCAGAAGUCCUCGUUCGAAAAGUUCCAGAUGAUCAGCAGUUCCUGGACCUGCGCGUGGCGGUGCUGGGGAACGUGGACUCGGGGAAGUCGACCCUGCUGGGCGUCCUGACGCAGGGCGAGCUGGACAACGGCCGAGGACGAGCACGCCUCAACCUCUUCAGACACCUGCACGAGAUCCAGACCGGACGCACCUCCAGCAUCAGCUUUGAGAUCCUGGGCUUCAACAGCAAAGGAGAGGUCGUGAACUACAGCGAGUCUCGGACAGCCGAGGAGAUCUGCGAGAGCUCCUCCAAGAUGAUCACCUUCAUCGACUUGGCCGGACACCACAAGUACCUGAAGACGACCAUCUUCGGCCUCACCAGCUACUGCCCUGACUUCGCUAUGCUGGUGGUGAGCGCCAACACCGGCAUCGCCGGUACGACGCGGGAGCACCUGGGCCUGGCCAUGGCGCUGAAAGUUCCCAUCUUCAUCGUGGUCAGUAAAGUGGACUUGUGUUCUCGUGGCACCGUGGAGCGAACUGUCCGCCAGCUGGAGCGACUCCUGAAGCAGCCGGGCUGCAACAAGGUUCCCAUGGUGGUGUCGAGCCCUGACGAUGCCGUGACCGCUGCACAGCAGUUCACACUGUCUGCAUGCAUCACUCCCAUCUUCACCCUGUCCAGUGUGUCUGGAGAGAGUUUGGACCUGCUGAAGGUUUUCCUGAACAUCCUUCCUCCACUGAGCAACAGCAAGGAGCAAGAGGAGCUGAUGCAGCAGCUCACUGAGUUCCAGGUGGAUGAGAUCUACUCGGUCCCUGACGUUGGGACUGUGGUGGGAGGAACUCUGUACAGCGGCGUGUGUCGGGAGGGCGAGCGUCUGGUGGUCGGUCCCACAGACGAGGGUCGUUUCCUGCGUCUGAAGGUUGGCAGCAUCCAGAGGAACCGCUCGGCCUGCAGAGUGCUGAGAGCCGGUCAAGCCGCCACGCUGGCUCUGGGGAACUUUGACCGCUCGCUGCUCCGAAAGGGGAUGGUGAUGGUGAGUCCGAAGAUGAAUCCCACCAUCUGCUGUGAGUUUGAAGCCGCUAUCGUUCUUCUCUUCCACGCCAAGACUUUCCGCCGGGGGUCACAGGUCACCGUACACGUCGGCAACGUCCGGCAGACGGCCACCGUGGAAUGCCUUCACGGGAAGGACGAGCUGCGGACAGGUGAGCGAGCCGUCGUUCGUUUCCGCUUCAUCAAACAUCCUGAGUACCUGCGACUCGGCGCCAAGCUGCUGUUCAGAGAAGGCGUCACCAAGGGGAUCGGCCACGUCACCCGCCUCCUGCCCUCCUCCCAGAACCACGACCAGAACCAGAACCACAACCACGACCAGAACCUGCAGGAGCACUGA